AUGUCCUACUACGAACAGGCCGGCUCAAGCGCAGCUAGCAUUGAUCAUCGGCGAAAAUGGGACCAGGAAGAGUUCGAGAAGAAAGCGUUGGAACGAAUAAAAGCAGAAAAAUUGGAGGAUGUUACCAAGAGAGGCGGUAAACCAAAAGAUGAACCAAAAGUGAAAAGAGAAUUGCUGAAGGCCAGAGAUUACAAGGUUGAUCUUGAAUCAAAACUGGGUCGAUCCGUAGUUAUAAACAAAACUACUCCUGCAGCUGAAACUGGUGGUUAUUACUGUGAUGUUUGCGAUUGUGUUGUCAAAGAUUCGAUCAAUUUCCUUGAUCAUAUAAACGGAAAAAAUCACCAAAGGAACAUGGGAAUGUCCAUGAAGGUCAAAAGAAGCACACUGGAUGAUGUCAGGGAGCGGUUUAAACUAAAAAUGGCAGAA